GUCGAUAUACAUAUAUCGAUACAUCAUUGUAUCGAUUGUGAUACUCGUUUCUUCCGUUAGAUGUAGCGUGUAUAAGUGUGUAGUUCCGUUGCCAAACCGACGAGGACUCUUUUCUCAGCCUGCUUUACGAUGGCGGAUACGAAACCGAAAACUCCGGAGAAGAAGGCUGCGGCUGCACCCGUUGCAGCCAAGGAAGGCGCGAAGAGCAAGAAAGCGACGAAAGGAAAGCCAAGGAACUACGACUUGGGAAAUGGCGUUCAUAGAUUCAGCAGGACGCGCAUGUACCACAAGAAAGCGAUUUACAAGUUUAUUGGCAAAAAGACUCCAAAGAAGGUCAAGCCGAAGAAGCCGCUGACCAUUGAGAAACAAAUUGGCGGUGAUAAAAACGGAGAAAAGAGAAUCGUACUUCUGAAGAAGAGGCGCGCCAACUAUCCAACUGCGGAUCCGGUAACUGUGCAUCAUGCCAAAAAAUGCUUCCAUGAACAUCGGCGUUACCUGAGGCCUUCCCUGGUGCCCGGAACGAUAUGCGUUCUGUUGGCCGGGCCUCACAAGGGCAAGAGAGUAGUAUUCCUGAAACAACUGAAGAGUGGACUGCUGCUGGUUACCGGACCAUUUUUGAUCAACGCCUGCCCUCUGCGAAGAAUAAACCAGAAUUACGUGAUCGCUACUUCAACAAGAUUAGACGUCUCAGAUGUCAAGUUGCCAGCGCAGUUAAAUGACGAUUACUUCAAGAGGAAGCGCGACAAACGCGCCAAGAAGGAGGAGGGCGACAUUUUUAGCAAGAAGAAGGAGGAGUACAAACCAAGUGAUCAGAGGAAGUCUGACCAAAAAGUGGUCGACAAAAUGGUGAUCGAUGCUAUUAAGAAACAUGAAGAUAAAAAGUUAUUAUUUACGUAUCUAUCAGCAAUGUUUGGCCUGCGAAGCAGUCAAUAUCCACACAGGAUGAAAUUCUGAAGCUUUGACAUGUCCGUAAAACAUUCUAAAUAAAUAAAAAUAAAACUAA